AGCUGUAGAACAGCAUCUGAUUGGUCUGACCCAAAGGCGGUGAUAACUAGUCCGGGGAUUGAGAGCCUUGGAAGCUCCCUCUUUCCCCAGGAACAGCUGCAAGGACCAAGCUGCGAUGACGGGGAAGGUUCCCUCGUUCUCCCCCGGCUCCACAGUGAGCUCCGCUCUGCCCGGCUACGUCACUCUCUGCCUCGCUCUACAGGUUCACAGGCUGGCGUCAGCACAGUUCACAGUGACUGGACCUGACCAUCCAGUCACUGCCUCCCUAGGUGGGGAGGCCGUCCUGCCCUGCCACCUCUCCCCCAGGAUGAGCGCUGAGAACAUGGAGGUGAGAUGGUUCCGAUCCCAGUUCUCUGCAGUCGCGCACCUGUACUGUGAUGGGCAGGAUCAGUAUGGAGAGCAGAUGCCAGAAUAUCAAGGAAGAACUGAGCUCUUGAAAGACAACAUCACCAAAGGGAGAGUUUCCCUAAGAAUACGCGAUAUCCGACCCUCCGAUGAUGGACAGUACCAGUGUUUUUUUCAGUCUAGUGUCUCUUAUGAAGAAGCUUUAUUGGAACUGCAGGUGGCAGGUUUGGGCUCUGCUCCUGUCAUCUCUGUGGAGGGACAUCAGGACGGAGGGAUCCGGGUUGUGUGUCGAUCAGCUGGAUGGUACCCGGAGCCCAAGGCUCAGUGGAGAGAUCUCCAGGGGCAGCUCUUACCAUCAGCCUCUGAAAAAAUAUCCCCAGAUGCCAAUGGCCUGUUUCAAGCAGAGAUUGCCAUUGUUCUAACUGAAGAGUCCAACCAGAAAGUGUCCUGCUGUGUCAGGACCCCCCGACUCAACCAGGAGAGAGAGUCAGCGAUUUCCAUAGCAGAGCUGUUUUUCCCAAGGGUCAAUCCCUGGAUGGUGGCUCUAUGGGUGAUCCUGGCUGUUCUCAUUCCCCUGGCCGGUUACUGCUUCCGGAGGCAACACAGAGCGAAAGAAAUGCUGCAAUUUGAUCUAGAGAACAAGGAAGCGGCGCAUCGUGCAGAGAAAAAGACACUGCAGGGUGAACUCAAGUGGAGAAGAGCCCUACUAAAUGCAGGUUGGGAGAAAGCCCGACAAUGUACAGUGGACGUGACUUUGGAUCCAGACACGGCAAAUCCCAAACUCGUCCUUUCUGAGGAUCGGAAACGUGUGAGACACGGAGAUGAACAUCAGGAUCUGCCCAACAAUCCUGAGAGAUUUGAUACUUGUGUCUUUGUCCUGAGCGCUGAGGGGUUUGCAGGCGGGAGGCGUUACUGGGAGGUGGAGGUGGGAGAGAAGCCUGACUGGAUGCUGGGAGUUUGUAGGGAAUCUGUGAGCAGGAAGGGAGGGAUCACACCCACACCUGAGAAUGGAUUCUGGGCCAUGCAGCUGUGGAAUGGGGAAUACAAGGCCCUCACCUCCCCCCCGACCCCCCUCCCCGUGAGCAUCAGGCCCAGCCGGGUGGGGAUUUUCCUGGACUAUGAGGCGGGUGAGAUCUCGUUUUACAAUGUGACUGACAGUUCCCAUCUCUUCACUUUCACUGACACCUUCUCCGGGAUGCUCCGCCCUUAUUUCUGUCCUUGUCUCAACGCUGAGGGUACAAACGCGGCUCCCCUGAUAAUCUGCCCGGUCCCAGCUCAGGCCAGAGGGAAUCUCGGUCCCUGACAGUGACCCCAUGGCACAGACUGGCCCCUCCCAGCCCUGCUGCUCUUCCCACCUCCAGUGCUGGGGCCAGUUACUGCAGCAACUGAACUUUCUGUGCUGACCGGACGCUGCCAGUUUCCCUUCUCAACUGGAGGUUCCAGUUGAAAACCGGACACCUGGGACAUCCAGCCCCCACCUUCCCUGUCCCCUGCCCCAGGGGUAGCAGAUGGAGGUGGAUGGGGUCAUUCACUCCAGUCAGAAUUUUCUACCCCUGUGAAAUCUCCAUGUAAAAUAUGAAAGAAAAAAGAUUAUUUUAAUUUAGAAAAUAUUAUUGUAAGAAGGUGUAAAUACAAGAAUAUUUUAAUUUACAUUUCAACAGUAUUUCAAAAAACAAGCAGAUAAAUAUAUUUGUAGAAAUGGAAUUAUUAUUUAUAUUUAUUUUUCUUUCCCUCAAAUCUAUAGUGAAGUUUAACUUCUCUAAAUAACAUCAUUUGUAUUUCAAUUGUGGAAUUUCAAGAAAUCCGAAAUAUUUAUCUUAACAAAAUAAACAUUAAAUUGUCAGACUGGGUUGUUCAGU